UUGAUUGAUAAAUAAACAAAUGCAACACCUAUGAGGUUUCUGUUCUUGAAAGAGUGAAAUGUCGAAAUACGUAAGUCCGGUAUGUCGGGAUUCUCCUUCGUUUUUUUACAACGGUGAUUAUAAUAACUCGCCCAUUUCGGAUUUAAAUGUUUUUGAUUAUUCUAACAUAAACAGUGCCGGUGAAAUAUAUUCUUCCACCAAUCAGAUAAGUUUCAAUCCACAUCCAACAGUUCGAACUAUUAAAAAGAGAAACACAGCUAACAAAAAAGAAAGAAGGAGAACACAAAGUAUUAAUAAUGCAUUUUCAUGCCUGCGCGAAAGAAUACCAAAUGUUCCUUCAGACACAAAGUUAUCUAAGAUAAAAACUCUAAAGUUGGCAAUAUUGUACAUAAACUACUUAGUAGGCGUUUUGGACGGUGAGCAAGAUCCUAAAAGCGGAUUUCAGGCUGAACUUAAGCUUCCGAACCGUAAAGUCUAUCUUGACAGAAAACAAGCGAUUGAGAAUAAUUACAUAUCAACAAAGGGUCGUACAGGAUGGCCGCAAGACGUUUGGGCAUCAGAGCUGGUUCCUGAACAUACAUAAAUAAAAAAGUAUAUAUGCUAAAUGUA